AUGGCUUUUGUAGCACAUCAACCACAGGGUUUGUAUGUGACACCUUCCACUAGGCAUUUGUCAUGGAACAAAAGAUUGAAGUUGAAGCAGUGUUUGACAAAACAUCACAUGAUUGGAAGAACAAGCUGGCAUCACUUAUCAAAGCAUAAUAUUUGUUUAAGUGUAGGGCCUCCUUGCUUUUGUGUAUCCAAGAUCAAACCUUUGAGGAUUUCAGGCUUCAAAGGCAUAUCUCAUAACGAUGAUUUAAGAACAAGGGCUAGUUGGUUGAAGGCACCUAAAACCUCUGUUGGACUAGAGGAGAGCGGGGAAACUCAGAAUGUGCCGUUCUCUUAUGCAGCUGAAGCAGGUGAUAGCCUUGCAACAAGGGCUAGUUGGUUGAAGGCACCUAAAACCUCUGUUGGACUAGAGGAGAGUGGGGAAACUCACAAUGUGCCAUUCUCUUAUGCAGCUGAAGCAGGUGAUAGCCUUGCAACAUCAUCUGCUUUUCAUGGACUCUUCAAUAAAUGGUUGAAAAUGUUGCGCACCCAAUCAUCAUGUCAAGAAGUGGAGGGAAUUUUCGGAAGACUGUUUCCAACAGAUUUACCUGAAACUCUACAAAUGACUCAUAGCAAGGAAAGAAGUGAGGUUUUUAAGGUAGCAUGGUCCCAUUUUCUUGCCCUGGAUGCGGCAAUAAAGAUUCCUUUGUUGAUAUUUGUUCCUCUCUACCUGGCUGUUAAUGUAAAAUACGGGGCAGAAGUUUCGAAGGAAUUAACUCCUUUAUGGGUUUUCGGGCCACUAAUUCUGGCUACACACAUAAUGAUAAUCCGCGGUCUUUGUGCACUCUAUGCCUUAAGCUUCAAUCAAACCGUCAAAGUACUUAGGAAAGUACCCUCUUGGUGCAUUUUUGCCAACAACUACAUUUUUGGCGGCGGGAUCAAAGAACAUAUUGCAGUUUAUCUUUUGCGGCCUAUAUCGAGCUUAAAAGACGUUGAUUAUGUACAGCUAACACGAAGAAUAUUGAAAGUAUUGCUAGAAUGGUUAAUGGAAAAGUAUCUUGAUUUUAUGGAAUCGAUAUGGCCGCAUUAUUGUCAGAUGAUCAGAUUUUUGAAGACGUCUAAACUUAUUUAA